CUGCCGAGUUUUCCUUUCUCUUUCCAUCACCACAGCAUCGCGGCCCUCACCGUCCGCAACUCUGUUCAUCGCGCCAUCACUUUUCGUAGGCUGAACCACCGUUUCGAAGCGCGUGGUCACCAACCAUUUUUCUUCUCCCUUCGAUUCGGCUCUUCAAGGCGCGUCGCCUUGUUUUCAUCGGCCUGGCUCCGCCCCGUGUCGACACGCUUUUGUUUAUUGCCGUCCAUUUUUGAAAAAGGAUUGACAUCCUAACCCCUCCACCAAUCGCACUCGCUCCCCUCCUUCUAAUCCACGCCAACCGCCAUCAUGUCCGCCGAGGAGGAUCUCAUCGACUACUCCGACGAGGAGCUCAACACCAACGAGACCGCGGCACCCGCCUCGGCCUCCAACGGCAAGAAAGGCGAGCUCGCGGCCGGCGGUAACAACGUCGACAAGAAGGGCAGCUACGUCGGUAUCCACUCGACCGGCUUCCGCGACUUCCUGCUGAAGCCUGAGCUCCUCCGCGCCAUCGGUGACUGCGGCUUCGAGCACCCUUCGGAGGUUCAGCAGACAUGUAUCCCCCAGGCCAUGUUGGGAGGCGACAUCAUCUGCCAGGCCAAGUCGGGUCUGGGAAAGACGGCCGUGUUCGUCCUGACGACACUCCAGCAGGUCGAGCCCGUCGCUGGCGAGUGCUCGGUCCUUGUCAUGUGCCACACUCGUGAGCUGGCUUUCCAGAUCCGCAACGAGUACACCCGCUUCUCCAAGUACAUGCCCGACAUCAAGACUGGUGUGUUCUUUGGUGGCACGCCCAUCCAGAAGGACGCCGAGCUCCUGAAGAACAAGGACACGCACCCGCACAUCAUUGUCGGCACGCCUGGUCGUCUCAACGCGCUGGUGCGCGACAAGUUCCUCCGCCUGGGCAGCGUCCGUAUCUUCGUGCUCGAUGAGUGUGACAAGAUGCUUGAUCAAAUUGGUAAG